AUGUUGAAUGCGGUUCGGUUCCUACGUUGUCAUCCAAAACUGGUGCCAGUCCUCCUCAAGAUUGUUGUUGAAACACAGCCCGUGUUGAUGGAGAAAGAGAAAAUUCUCAUCAGAAAGCUUAGCGGUCUUGAGUUGUCAAGUUGGGUCUUUCACAAGCAGUUAGAUAUUGAAAAGGUGCAAAGCGAAACGGGAUUUCAUUUUACAACCCUGCCAAAGCCUGACAUCCCCUAUGGGAUACCUCUUACCUCUUACUCAUACCCCCUCCCAAAGCCUGACAUCCCCUAUGGACAGUCCCUUAAUGUCAAUGGCACAACUCGGAAAAAUCAGUAUGACAUUCAAGAUGCUGGUCGAACUAGAGUGCUAGACGGAGGGCAAAGUGGCCGUCAAAAUGGCGGACAAAAUGGUGGACGAUAUGAUGGUCAAGAAGAAUUUUAUUAUCGUUUAAUUAAUCCGAGAAGGGCUAAAAAUAAGAACAAAAAUGACAAUGACAUCAUCGGUAGCGUAAAAAACGACGAAGACAUUGAAAAGAGUCCCAACAACGUCAACCAUACCAUAAACAACAUCAUCAAUAACAACAACAGCUACAACAACAACACAAAAAAUGUCAGCAGAGUUAAACGCUCCAUUUACAAUGCUAAUAAAGAUGAUGAUGGUAAUGAUAACAAUGAUGAUGACGAUGAUGGUAGUAACGAUGACGGUGAUGUUGAUAACGCUGCCCGUAACACUGAUAAUGACGUCAGUGGUGAUGAUGACGUCAGUGGCGAUGAUGACGUCACUGGCGAUGAUGACGUCACUGGCGAUGUUGCAAGCAAAAACGAACAUGACGAUAACGAUGGAGUUACAUCAACUUUGAUACCGACGUCAUCUUUGAAACUUAUUAAAACAACAACAACAAAACCAACAACAACGAAACCAACAACAACGAAACCAAAAACAACGAAACCAACAACGACAAAACCAACAGCAACAAAACGCGUUAAAACAUCCAAAAAAUCUACCACAAAACCACACAAAAAAAUCACAACAACAACAACGCGUUUCAUUCCCAACCUUGAUGACGACAACAACGACGAAAGACAUAAAAAUAAUAAUGACAACAAUGACGCAAAUGAUGAAUAUGAAUUUGUUAAACACCAUGAUGAAUCUGACGGGGGCGAAGUUGAUCACCACGGAGAUAUAGCUCGCAAAAGCAACAAUUCCACCAAGAAAAAACCCCCAACAACCUCAAAACCAGCCACAAAACACGACCAAAAAUGGAAGAAAGAAUUCUCUCAAGCCGUCAAAAAAAUUAUAGAAGAAAUGGAAAAAAACCAAGACGCUGGAGAAUACCUGGGACUAACCGAAAGCAAAAAUGAUGACGACGACGAGGGUGAUGUCAUUAAGAGUGAACACGUAAAUGUUAACAAUCGUGACAAAGAUGGUGAAGACAGUGAUGGUGAUGGUAAUAACAGUAGUGGAGAUGGGGGUGUUGAUGGUGAUUAUAUGGAGGGGGGCGAGGAUGAACCUGAAGAGGACAGUGAAGAGUCUCUGGCGGAAAUCGUAGGGGGUUUGGUUGGCACCAUACUAGCCUCGUGCAUUGGGGGAUUGAUUAAAAAGAAACUGGAGGAAAGAAAGAAGAGGAAGGAGGAGGAAAAGAGGAAAAAAGAUGAAGAAAAGAAUUGCAUGGAACUUGAUGGUGAUUUUAAGAAGCAUCGUGAUGAUAAAGAACUUGCUUUAAUUUCCACAACCACAACGUCAAACCACGACACGACAACGACUAAUACCACCGCGCUAGUAGCCACAAACACGACUUCACCCACCACAAAAUCUGCUACUAUAACCGUUACGCCUACUGCUACAGCCGCUGAAUCGUCAACUCCAGCUGUGACUACAACGAGCACAACAAAUCAGGAGCCAGUUGCAACUGCACCAACCCAGCAAGAAAAUAUUGAUAAAAACAAUCUUGAGCUUGACAUCCUGUCUUUCAGUCAUUGA